AUGACUGAUUUGACAGUGCACUAUACCGACGAAGGAGUAUUCCCGCGAAAGUUAUUGGUGUCACACUAUGUCUCCAACUACUUCUUCCCAAUCCAUCUCAUCAACUCGAGUUGGUAUGGACAAUUGGCAUUGUUCCUAAUCCACACGAUGUUUGCAUUCUUCAUGCUGAUUGGAUAUCGCACCAAGAGUAUGUCUGCACUGACCUGGGCAAUGACAGCGUCGCUUCAAGGUUAUGUCGGUGUGAUUGGUCACAGUGGCGAUGUCUACUUCCGAAUCAUGUUGUUCUUUGCAAUAUUCUUGCCAACGGCCGAGUUCUUCUCUGUUGACAAAUGGUCAUUUAUCAACACCAACCAACAUAAGGAUGAGGAUCGCCAAGCUACCACCGCUGGCCCCGCUGCCGCUUCAGUUCGUUCAUCUAGUGGCGAUAUUCAGACUUCGGACGCCACGAUCCAGAUUGACAGCAAUGAUGAUCACGUUGGGAAUCCACUUUUGGCACAACCGACGGUACAUACACCGAGGAAGCAACAUAAUAAUCCAGAUCGAUAUCGAUACAUAUCCAUGGCAACGUGUUGUGUUCUCCUUCAAAUGUCCUGCAUGUACAUUGCAUCAUUCUUCCACAAGUCGGGUGAGGAGUGGAAGACUGGUGAUGCAACCUUCUACGCUAUCAGUCUUGACUAUUUCCAGACGGAUAUUGCUCGAAUGGUUCUACCAUGGAGGGCUACUCUUAGGUUACUAACAGUAUCAGUUGCAAAAUGGGAGUUGAUUGGUCCAAUGUUGUACAUAUCACCAUUCUACACUGACUACUGCCGCUUUCUUGGAGCACUUGGAUUUAUGGCAAUGCAUCUUGGAUUCGUGUUGUUCUUGAAGCUUGGUCUAUUCUUCUGGGUUACAUUCUUUGCACAGGCAAUCAACAUGCCUCCAUUCGUAUGGGACACUGCAUUUGGAUGGAUCGAGAACAAGUUGAUGAAGGGACAACGUCCUUUGCAUAUCUAUUUCAACACCCAGUCGCCACUUAGUCAGUACACUACUCUCAUCAUGAAGACGUUCUUUGUGUUGCCAUCGUGUGCAACCUACUCUCCUCUGGAGCAGAUCGCAACUGAUGAGCCAUCAAUGACCGUUGGUGAGCAGAAUACUGGUACAUUUGGAGAUGAUUGGUUAGUGGCCAUUGAUCACAAUGGUAUCCGACGAAAGAACUUUUCCGCUUUGAACCUACUUAUGAGCAAGUCUCCAUUGUUGUUCUGGUUAUCAUGGACAUGCUCUAGAGUACCACAUACAUUCUGUUCAGUAAUGUCUCGCAUUGUACAGUUCUUCAAUCAACGUGGUAAGCAGACUCAGGCACUCUCCAGGAAACAAUCGCUCUACAUUCGUCGUCGAACAUCCAAUCGUGGAUACUCUCGUGCCGGCUCAAUCGUCUCCAAUGUGAUAUGUGCACUACUCUUCUACUUGGUUCUUGGCUACAAUCUGAAUAUCUUCUCACAUCGUAUCCCCUAUUGGGGUGUGGCUUGGCAGAGAGCGGCAUUCGUCAUCCGCUUCGACCAAGGCUGGCACAUGUUCAGUCCAUCGCCGCCCAAGAUGCAUUGGUGGCACUCGAUUCACGGUACCACCGACAAUGGCACACAUAUAGAGUUGUUCAAGAACAAUGCAUUCCACAAGUUGCACACGGGUCACAUCAACCACGAUGUCAAUCAUGAUAAGCCAAAGCCAUUCGACACAACGUAUGGCAACCAUCGAUGGUUCAAGUACUGGGAGAAUGGAUAUAAUCAAGUCAAUUCUGAUCCAUUACGUCUGGAACUCGGUAGAUAUAUAUGUAGACAGUUCAACAGUGUACAUCUUGGUCAUAUGCGAUUAUACACAUUCAAUGUAUACUUUGACUAUGAGUACAUGAGUCUAGAUGGAAGUGUUAAAGGUCCUGCUUCACAAUCACUAUGGCAACAUAACUGUUAUGAGAAGUAG